AUGCCUAUGCCAUCUUCUGGGGCUUCUAGGGAGCUCGCAAGAGGGGAUGCCAGAUAUGCCCCUCUGGCGGUCGAAGAAGAGGGAGAGCAGGAGGGGGAGAAAGCACGUCACGCCUUGGGGCUGGAGGAUUUUCAUGGCCACGAUGAGCCCAACCUGCAGUUGGGAAACAUCCUCAUGUGCCUGGCGUUGCGAAUGAUUUCUCCUUUUUCUCUGCUUGUGGUCAUGGUGCUUCUCCGAAUGCAAUGGAUGCGGCCAGUACUAGACGAUGACACGGGGACGUUCACGCAGGCAUACGGGGUAUUGUGUCUGUAUUCUGCAAGGCCCGAUGAUCAAUGCUUUCUCUUCUGCAGCCUCCUCACGUAUUUCUGCAACGAUUCGUACAGAAGCUCGGGGCCACUCGUUGCUGUGCUCUUUCCUUGGGCCGUCUUGUUUGCAUACGUUCCAAAUAGGAUGGCAGCUCAAGCGUCUGCUUCUGACAGGCCAGUGGAGGUUCAACGCUCCAAGUUUGUGCAAUUCCUCAUGAUAAUUGCUAGGCAAUGCGGGGUCCCGGAUGACACCAUCAUGCAGGUUGAAGGCGAUGGGAAAGAGGACAGCUGCGACAGGGCCAUGCAGCUGCUGAGCCACAAAGACUUGACCGUCCGAAUCUAUUAUCCGUUCAGCCGCUUGCAGUUUUAUAAAAACAUGGGGAUAGCAGCGAUCCUGCACCGGGCAGGUUCAAGGGGAUCUUCGCCUUUUGAUAGAAUCGGCAUUCUCUCAGAGGAUGGUAAGUUGGUGGGGGACAGCAGCUGGAUCACUGACUGGCCCGACACAGAUCGUUUCGUGGCGCAGCAGAAGCGGAUCAACAACUUGGCCCACAUUCCGCUGCAUGUGCCCCCGCGCCCUGAAACGAUUCCAGCCAAUCUCGACCUGCCUGUGCGCUACAAGACCCGCUUACUACAAGGUGGCAUGAAAGCUGCAGACUUUACAAACCGAGUUUCGGUGGGCUUCCCCAUCCCAGAACCUUUCUGGGUGACAGCCAUGCAUUCUGCAGCCAUUUUGCUUUACACAUGUGUGCUUGUUGCUUCAAUCUGCCUCUCUUGGUUGAUGCCUCAGUGGCACUCGCGUGGCAGUCUUCAGCACUGGUGCAUGUUCAUCUUGUUCGCUUGGUACGGUCAAGUUUUUGGGAAUUUGUCUGGGCGUAUGCUGACCCGUGAUAUCCCGGAGCUGAAGAGGAGGUAUCGUGAACUCAAGGUCUUAAAUUCCAUGCUGGCUGGUCAGGCAUCUGCCGCUCAAAGGUGCUUGCCAUUGGUGAGGCUGCAGGAACCGCAAGAUUUGCUGGUUUGGGCGGAGGUGCGAGAGCUGUUUUUGGCCCGCUAUUCCGCAUGUCAGCUGGAGAUGGAAACGUCCGUCUGUGUUACUACGCUCCUCACACUUGGGAUGGCUGCUUGCGGCCUGUACUAUGCCUUGCAAGAAGACUGGGAGGCAGGUCUCGUGAGUGUACUGGCACUGCAGCAAAUGGUCUCCUACAUCAUCGCCAGCUUACCCUUCUUCGUGUUGGGGGUCCUUGUCAACAUGGAGGGCAGCAAGUCCUUAGAUCUAAACCCUAAACCCUAA